CCGUGUUUUUUGGUUAUCAAACAUAAGAAAAUUCCGAAUUAUUUUUAACUAUUAAAAUUACGUAAUAUAAGUAACAUAAUAUUUGAAAGCGGUAAGAAUAAUGUAUAAAAUUUAGUUAAAUUGAUCACAUGUUUCGCGAUCCAUUCGAAGAUAUAAGAUGGAAUGUCAGCCGAGCGAUAGUAAAAAAGUAUUUAAAGUUUUCGAGGCAUCAAAACGUAAGCGCACCAGAAAAAAACGUGAAGGAGAUGACAGUAAUUCGAUGGCUACAGAUGAGUCUACUGGCGUAAGUAUGGGUUGUCAAGGGAACGGGCGUCGGCUGAUGUCGUCAAAGACGAGCCUUCAAGACAUUUCAACUGGUCAAUGUAUUGAUGGGGAUCAAGAAUCAAAUAUUAUCAAGAGAGACAGCAGUCCUUCAAUAUCUCGUUCACCUGACGACGCGCACCGACCUCGCUCACCACGCCGACACCGUCGACUCGCGCGAGAUGGAAUAUCUCUAGCUCUGAAAGCUGGUCUAGUAUCAACGCCACGGUCUAUUUCGCCAAACGUGCAGGUUGGUGAUGAUCUAAUAUCAUCUGUCCCGAAGGACCAAGAUUCAUUUAUUUAUGCAUUUCUGGAAGAAGCCAUCAAAAGAGACAAGAAGAAACAUCGUCAUAGCCGACGCCACGGAGACAGGCGCACGAGUCAUGAUCGCGAUGUUUCAGUUUCGAGAGAACGCCGACACCACCAUCGAAGACAUCGGGACGAUAGGGAACGUGAAAAACCAACUAAAGAAGAAACUCGUGGACUAGACCAAGCAGCACUUUUCGAAACAUUUGCGAAGCUUUGUGCUCAGAUGAAUGAGAAAACUGCACAUUACGCCCCUAUAAACCAAGUUCCUCGUUCGCAAAGUCAUAAGUCAUUACAAUGUGAAGUUGCAUCGCGUCGUGAUUUGCUCGAUGAAUCACAACGAACAGUACGACAUAGCAGUCGUGAUUAUUCCAGAGACAAUUUUUCGCCAUCGAGAAUACGUAGCCAUGAACAUUUUCAUAGCAGAAACCGAAGUCAGGACAAUAUACCUGUUCCGAUAGACAGCCGAAAGGAUAAAUGCGUUUGUUGCGAUCCAUAUGAAAAACAACCAGCCAGAUAUUCGAGCAAAGUUAAUGUUGAAACCAAACAUUACGAAGGCGAAAGAUAUAGAAGUUACCCCCCUGAAAUUUCUCCCACUAAAAGUUGUAUUAAUGGUAAAUAUAGGUCUAGUGUGCCAGAACGAAGGGACAACAGAGAGUUCGAUGAUCGAAUACAUAGAAAAUAUGACGACAGACGGCGACCAUGCGAGCAAAAAGCAAGUAGAAGUUUCGAUUUGCAAAGAGAGAGAUAUAUUGACGAUAGAGGUUAUAGAAGAACAGCUAGAAGUGAUGGGAUUAAGGACACUCCUUACAAUGAUCGCGAUUAUACAGAAAGAAGAUAUGAAGCUAGUAAAGGCAGAGAAAAAUACUAUGACAAGGACAUUCCAGAAAGAAAUUUUGCAACGUUGCCGAGUAAAGAACGAAGAUCGAGGAGAAAUUUGGAAAAGUUUGAACGUGCCUCUGUAGCAUCCAGAGAUGAGGACUAUAGAGACAGAUACUCAGAGAGAGAACGAGAUUCGGGGCUGAGCGUCGCUGACGGUGAGACCAGUACGAUGAGUGGAAAAAGUAAUUACUUGCGAGUCGUUAAGCAAGAGAUAUCGGAACAGCGUGAGGCGAUGGAUAAAAUGAUGAAAUUGUGGAAGGAGUUGAUGCGGUGCUUCAAAGGCGUUUCACAAACUCAAAAUCCGAAUAAAGUUCAAGAAUCUGCGGCUAAUGUGCGCGAAUCUGCCGUCGAACAGCUGCGUCUGUGGCGUGAGUGUAUGCGGCGCUACGAGACUGUCGCUCGUGAUGUCGGCGACACUGACGCGAGGCUCAUGGAGGAAAUAAACAAGCAAAGGUCAGAAAUGUCAGAAAUGGCUAACAUGUGGCAGGAAUGCCUGCAACGGUACCGUGACAUGAGCAACGACUUCAAUAACCUCAAGCAACAGCUGGCAACAUCCGAGAGCCCUACGCGAGCAGUUGCACCGCCACUGGUGUGCGCAGAGGGCGAGGGUCCGUCGGCGGCGCCAUACAGACUGCCACCCACUUAUCCUCCCAUGCCUCCGAUACCCCCUGGCUACGUGGGGUCGCCCCUAAGGUCGCGAGCGUCCGCUCCACCGGCGUGGUGGUGGGCGGGAGAGCACGCGCCCUCCCCUCGAAGGAGAUCCUCACCCGAGUCGCACACUUCCAAAGAGCGUCGACAUCGACACAAAGACAGGGAUCGAGAUGAUACAAGAUACAAAGAGAAGUCUAAGGCAAGCGGUGCUCGCUCCGAGCACAGACACAGAAAACGAUGAUAAAAACUCGACUUUACGUCUAUUUUAAGAAAACUGUUAGUAUAUUUUAGGUUAUGUUAAAUAUUCAAGUGAUAUUAUAAAAAUUGUUGUCGAUUGACGGAUAAAACUACAAGCCGAGUCCUUUCAAAAUAUUGUUGUCUUAAAAUAGAACGUAACCCAAAUAUAACGAAUUCUUGUUUUU